AUGAACAUCCGCCACAUCAGUUCCCUAGAUCACUUCACUCCGGCGGAAAGGCGCCUCUUCUGGGAAUAUGCGGACGCGAAAAGUCUUCUACCACCAAAACCAAUUUCCCAGAAACCGCCUCUUCCUCAGUCACUCCAACCACAAAUAUACCGUUCUGAAUCGUCAAGCUGGGUCGCGCUUGAGAAGAACCAGCGUGGGAGUUGUUUACAGCGUGGCAGCAUUCUCAAAGUUGUGUCCUGGAACCUUCAGUGGUCGGGGCCGGGCCCGGCUGAGCGCGCUUCUGUAGCGUUAGAGCAUCUGGAACAACUCUUUGGAACGACGCCGGCCAACCUUGUCAUAAUGCUCCAAAAAGUUAGUCACCAAGCCCUUCAGGCCAUUCUGAAGAUCCCAUGGGCUCAACAGAAUUUCGUUCUCACCAAUGUUGCAACCCCGACCUCUCUCUACAUUGACAUUCCUGGUGACUCGUUUAUCCUCAAAGUUCCCUACUGGAUGGCGGCACCGUAUUUUACUCUCAUGAUGAUACCGAGGUAUCUGGGAAAGUGUGGAAUCAUCGCAGGCCUCGUCGGAGGCGACAUGAACGCCAUAGAUGCGCCGGAGCAUGAGCUGCACAAAGCUAGCGAAGUUGAGCUGAAGGACGUCUGGGAGGACGCUCCAGCACCCCCUAUACCGGUAUUGAAGCCUUUCCAGAAAGACUUCACCUACCCUAGGCGAAUGGACAAGUUCUUCUACACCGGGUUGGUGGAAACCGUCGCUCUUACGGAGCCGCAAGACCUUGCGGGAAGAUUAGGGCGUGUCGGUAUAGGUUUACAGACGGAAGUGGAAGCUGGGGAAGACGAGAUGACAGAAUCGAAGUUCGUGCGGGGGAAACUUGUGGAGAAAAAGCACAAGGUUUACUACUCCGACGACCAAGCGAGACGAAUUUUUUCAGGAGUGGGGAAACGGAACCUUGUGCACAAGAGAAUCAGCACCUGGGUUAGCGACCACUUCGGAAUUGCGACGGAAUCAGGGUAG